AAGUCCUGAGCCGAGAUCAAGAGUCAGACGCUUAACACACUGAGCCACCCAGGCGCCUCAAAAUGUGCGUUUUUCUGUGUCACGUAUCCUUCCCCAACCCAGGGUCGUGCCAGCCAGAGUCAGAGCUCUUGCUUCCCAUCCCAAAGCAGAGACCGGAUCUCAUCAAAAAUAAGUCUCCCACUUGGGGGGAAAGCCUGAGCCUAAAAUUCCCAAGUCCACUGUCCUGCACCUUCCCAGGGACCCAAAACAGCGACUCGGGGGUGUUCAGCCACUUGGUGGCUAAGGUGCUCUGGGUCCAGCUCAGUGACCGGAUGGUGGCUUCGGCUCCUGACCCUUGUGGAGGCCCCUUCUUCUUCAGGCCACUGACACCAAGUAGAAUCAGAGAUGUGGAAGGCAGAACUGUGGGACCAGGGGAAGCUGGAACUUCAACGCUGAUACCCCGGGACCUGGUGCUCUUGCCAGGGUGGCCCCCCUGGGACGGUAACCACGGGGCACAGGGGCUACGCUGCCAUUUGCAACUGACUCUGUGGCCCCACCACGAGGCCAGGAGGCCCCAGAAGCCUCAGGAAAGCAGGCUUCCUCUAGGUAGCCUGGCAUUUGCCGAGACAGCUGCCCCCAUCCCCUGGAUGCUGGAGAGCUUCUUCCAAGGUGCCAGGAAGAUCAUGUUUCUUGGGGGAGGAGAGCCGAUCCCUGCUUCCUUUUUGGAAAGUUCUGGAGAGGAGUCGUCUGCCUGAACUGCCAUACUGAGGACUGCUCCCUCUCCCCCAUUCCCAAGAGAGGAGACUCUUCCAGCAGGAAUGCCAUCUGCUGUCUUUGAAGCAUUCCUGGUCUCAAGGCCAUCUGUCACCCUGAGUCUAGGAGCUCUAAGGCCUGGCUCUGCCCAGCCACCUGGAAGGCCCCUCCUGCGGAAUCUUGUUGGGGGCGAUGUGCCUGCAAACCAGCCCAGGCGAGGGGGACCGGGCCAGGCCAGCCAGGAGGUCCGGCCUUUGACAAGGCCCUUGACGACCAGCCUGGCUGACCAGGAGCCCAGUGCAGCUUCGUUGGAGGGAGGGCGAGAGAGAGCCCGAGGCCUCAAGUCAGCCUGGCCAGUGGAGCAGACUGAGUGCAGGGCCGCGCCCACGUCCAGCAAACUCAGAGCCCGUGGGCUUCUGUGGACUUUUCCUGGUCCAGCCUGGCCAAGCCUGGAGACUCUUUCUGCUCACCAGGGGACACCCUAGCAGGAGCCGACACAACCCACAGAGGCAACCAGUCCUGAAAGUCAUAGGCCUUCGGAGCUUCAGAAGAACGUGGAGAGCCUUCUCUGA